UGCAUCAGUAUGGGGCGUUUAACACUUGCUCUACUCUCCAUACUAUUUGGCUAUUUUGCUACGGCUUUCGCUGCAGGCAACAAGACAGAGUCGGUGGCGCCUGAGGAGCGCUUACUUUCGCGACGCGUUCGUGCUCUGGUUUUCCCCAAUAAGGCCUCUGUGUUGAUAACGGCAGCAUUGACCAAAAUUAUUGUAGGCGGCCGACCAAGUGGACUGCAAUAUAGUUUAGAAUUUGAUAUGUAUGUGCCUCUACCGGAUACUGUGGAAGGCUGGCGUCCAAAAAUACUCCUAGAUCAUACAGCUAAUAAAAAACAACCAGCCACAAAACCAAAACGUCGUUGGGAUUGGAAUUGGCAGGGAUACGGACAGAAUAGCACAAUUUAUAAAUAUCCUUAUCGUAGACCUAAUAUGUACUAUCGUGGACCCUACCAGGCAGAGACCUAUACCAACUAUGUUAAACCCAAAGCACACAAGGAUUACUUUUAUAAAAGCCCUUGGCAAAUGAGCGAGCAGCCCUGGCAACGCAGUCAUCAGCCCAAUGCUGAUGAAGAAGUCUAUGAAUCUUGGGGACAUGUGCCCCGAUGGAAGCUAAAUCGUAGCUAUAGAGAACGACGCGCUAUCUUUGAUCAAUUUGAGGCAAUGGGAAAUUUCUUUCAGAUGGACCUAAGAUCCUGCAUAAAACGAGCCAUGUGUGAGUUAAAGGCCAGGUUUAAUGAGCACCAUGGCCAGGGCAUGCUUAUGGAGGAUCUCCUGCGGAUUAUAUUAACUGUGCCCGAAGAGAUAACCGAUGUUAAAUACCAACAUCGCGUGGAUGUGCGUGACUGUACUCGUUUCUAUGCUGUUUCCUGCCCGUAUAGAGUGUUGGAAUUUCUGUCAUGGAAUGUUAGGCAUAUUUCAAAGAAAAAGUAAGCAUUGAGAUUACAAUCGAACUCAAUUUGGUAUGUAUUCAAAACGAUUGCUGAAAUGCUCAGUCUACAUUUAAAACAGCUGGAAGUCAGUUCACCUUUUCGUUUUAUUUAGACGGUUGUGUUUAUUUUUUGGAAAUUUUUUUCUAAAUUCAAUACUCAGAAUUUCGGACUGUUUAAAUUCAAAAUAAAAAUUAAAACCAAAAAAAUUUUGCAAAAUGUUUGCCCUCAAAUCUUUGGUGAGACGUGGGACGAUGAGCAAGUUCCCCAGCUUGCGGGCUAUGGUUUCACAGCGUAUGAAAUCGAAAAAAUGUGAACCAAAGUUAGAAA